CCCACUAUUAAACCAACGCAGUGUGCUAACGUAUGUCAGCUUACGUUCACGCUUUACGACUAGUUAAGUUGUUUAUUUAUUUAUUUGAAGAGUAGCUCGCCGAUCAACUAGCUAAUUGUAUGUGAUACCAAGGAGAUAUAUCCAUAAAGUAGGUCCAGUCUUGUUGGGUCCGCAGAAACGCUAACAUAAGAUAACGUAAAGCGUUCGUCCCUGUUGUUGUUGUGGCCUACUAUCCUACACGAUAGCCUGACUUCAGCUAACUAAACUAGUGGUGGCCUCAGUUUGAUUUGAUCCUGGAGCUCUGCUCGCGUCACAUCUGAAACGACAAGAGCGACACUUUCAAGAUAAUUCACAAGCCGAGUCGUCGCUAAAUGUUGUGGUAUUGUGCAGGGAUCAGCGAGUGGUUUCCCAGCUAUGAGAGCCUCUGCUCACUAACUGACAUCUCAUAAAAACAAAUGGAGCUGUACUGGUACAUAGUUGUUAUUCUAUUCAUCAUUGUCAAGAUAUGUUUCUAUGUUUGCUGGUACCGAUCGAGACAAAGGCAACUGGAAGCAUACUUGAGCAACCCACGCAAUGCUCAGAUAGUCAUUGUAGGAGGAAGAGCCUACCUUCAUCAGAUGUGUGAGAGACAGAGUCAAACCUCUGUCUGGCCGAGUUGGUAUGGUGUUCAGGAGGACCUGUCUGUAGAAGAGCCAUCCACAAACCUGCCACCAGCUGCAUCCUUCUCCGACAUGGACAUGCCACCGCCAUAUGAGGCAGUCUCUGGAGAGGAUGAUCUGAAGCCCCCUCCUUACAGCGAGUGUGCUCGUGGCGAUGAGGCCGACGCCGCCCGUCCCUCCGAUCAAGCUCCUGUCUUUUCUGAGGGAGACACCAUUAGCGUAAACGAAGCCCCGCCCCCCUACACACUGUCCCCCCCUACACUAGUCUGUCAACAAGACUUCCCUGUAAGCCACGGUGAGUCCCGGUCAGCGAGCCGGCCCACCUAAUCCAUCCUUGAUUCCAGUUUGCCUUUUCCAUGCACUGCCUUCCUACAUUCAACCUCAGUGAUCGUCGCCAGCCUAACUCUCCUCACAUGAGAGCAGAUGUUUAUUUGGAUAUGUAAAUGAAAUGUGUGCGUGCGAGUUUGGUGGUUCAUAGAUCCAAGUUGUUUUUCUACUUUGUAUUGUGUAUAACGAAAAAAGGAUCUGAUGAGUUUGGCAAUCACAAAUACCGUCAGCCGGUGUGCCUGAGUCAGGAAUACAGAACCUGCCUCCCAGCGGGGAUGAAGUUGGUACCCGUGACCUCUCAGCUCAUAGGGGAUCCGUGAGAACCCGAUAAGCAGAGGAACGGAUACCUUGAAGUGUUUUCUAAAGUUGUUCCCUCACGUCCAAGGCCACAUCCUUUCACAUAUCUAACCACUUGAUUCAUUCUGCACGCAUGUGGGGGAAAGUAGUUGCGACAUCAUAUUUGAGACCUGACUUCUAUGACCUUUUAUGUGUCUCUGUAGAUGUUCUGAGCCCGGUAACUUAAUAAUAAGUAAUAUCAUUAUAGACAAUUCAAAACUUAGACCUUCUAAUUAGAUUUCAGUGCACCUUGCUGCAAAGGCGUGCAUAUUAAAUACAUUGUAAGUGUUUCAACUUAAACUAACUGUGAUAACUUUGAACACUUCAUUAAUUCUGCACGCCUAUCAUUUGAAUACAAAGUUUGUUGACGGAGAACUGUUUCAUAAUGAAUCCACUAAUUGUCUUAAAUAAUGAACUCAUUAGCAUAAGUGGUUAUGCUUAAUAUACCAUGGUGAUUAUUAUGGGACAUUUGGCAGUUCAAGUGCCUAUUACCUGUGUGACUGGAAGUAAGCGAAGACGAGCGGAACAAGUGAGUGAAAUAGAUGACCACUUUGAGGAGGAAGACAAUAGCUCGUUCUCUGUUGCUCAUCUCCUCUCCUGCUGUUUCUGUCUGUUGCUGCCUUACAUUAGCACCUGGAUGCCAGAAAUCGAUAAUCUGUGCAAACAAAAUCAACAUGAAUUUAGUUAUUUCUGUGUCUUUUGAAAAAAAGUUGUGGGCUUUGGACACAGUUUCUUCAGAAAUCAAAGGAAAAUGUGUCUCACACUCCCUCUUUUAAAGCGUAUGAGAACCCAUUUUCUGUCGUCCAAGUCCAGCUGUAAGAUAAUCAGAUGAGUUAUGAAUUGUAAUGUCAUCAAAUGAAAAUGGAAAACAAUCCUUUGAAAACAAAUCCUCACAAGGCUGUAAACUCAGGCUAAAAACCUCUUCAACAAACCCAGUUAUUACUUUUUUUUUUCAUAAUUGUUGCAAACAAUAGACUAACCAAAAACAUUUUUUACUCUCGCUGUUUAUUUCUUGUAAUCUCCAUGUAAAUCUACCACAGGCUGGUAGAGGUCAGCCUACUUUGUGUAUCCCUGUGUUUAUAUUCUGUGCUAUAUAGUGAUGCGUGGGGAGAAGUUGUUACUCGGCUUUUUUGUAUGCAUUUCACAAAAUCCGCGAACACUAAGACGAUGCAUCCAAAUGAUCGACUUCUAUGUUUGUUUCAGCAACAAUGUAAUCUGUGUACACUUUCCGAACAUGAGAAUACCUGCAAGAAAAUCAAUAUGAAUGCUGUAUCAAUGUAUUUGGGGCCUUUGGGAUAGUAUAAGGGGAUUUUCAUGGAGGAUCAGAAGUUGAUAUGAAACAUGGUUUUAAAGAUAAUCCUUCAUAUUGUGAUGCCACAUCGUGGAGCAUCGAUCAUUGAGGCCUUUCCUGUGGUUUUGUAAUCCGUCUGAAACAGAUCACCUGCAAUGUACAAAUCUGAAUGUAGCUUUGACCUUCCAUGGCGGCAGCAUGAUGAGGACGAUCAACCUGCUGUAAUGUUUCUCCUGUUUGAUUAAUUCGUGUUCAUUCCCGUGGCGGUUGACCUAUCAGAUCUCUCCACUUAGAAGCUUUGUGAGCUUUGGGUUUUGAUUCGGCGGAAUCUGUUCUGUAUUAAACUGUUGUUCAUAA